AUGGUCACGUCACCACUAAAGGCCCGAGAAAGCACCGGUCGGGUCUAUGCCUGCGCGUGGAGCAUUCUGGGGCCUAUUCAGCAAUCUUACAAUCGGCUCACAAUGAAUGCUUUCAGACUGCUGUACGCUUCCCAUGUCAGACCAAGACUUGAGUAUGGUGGUGCGGAGACAUACCCCCAAACCGCCGGUGAACUGGAUAAGUUGGAGCGUGUACAACGUGCUGACACUAGACUCGUUGUUGGACUACGCGGGACCAGCUAUGAAGGUCGUCUACCGGCUACUGCCAUUGUGGUGGAGGAGAAGACAAACGCUGCUUUCAAACGCCGUUUGGAUGAGCAUCUGAAGGAACGAACACUUGUGAUCGGACCUUCAACCCAGUCAGUGGUGAUCGAGCUUACACGGGUGCCCUGCCCUCUGCCCUCAAUCUUGAAGACUGCAGAUUGA